AUGCCGCGUCACAAUUCAAGGGGGGUGGACGAUGAACUGGCGAAUAUGGGAAAUACCGUGUCCACGGACAGCCAUGAGAUCCCCGAAGGCAUCAUAGCGGACCCCCCGACUUUCCCAGGCUCUGAGUUGAAUACCACCCUUCAACCGAGUCAUACGAACUCAAAUGCAAAUAUGCAGCGACAGUUAAUCAAUCGUAAUCAAUUAACCACCACCACGGCGGCGCGUUCUCCCGAGCGCCAAACCAAUAGCCCCUAUCAAGACUCUAGAAUACGACACGAGGAAAACAUAUCGGUUGCGGAGCUUCUUCACAAGACGUUGGUUUACCUUGACAGGCCGAUGGAGAACUUACCACCACUAACGUUACCGGAACUCAAACUGAUCGGCCGCCGCGUGUGCUUUAAUUCUGAAACAAAGAUCGGACAGGAGUUCGUUAUGAUGAAGUAUGUUGGCCUCGUAGGGACCAUCAAUAAGGAUACUGUCAUGUUAAUCCACGUUUUUCGCUUUAAGGGAAGUGAAAACGGGGCGUAUGUGAUGGACCCCGACAAGGUUCUGAGCGAAAUCAAAGAAAAGCACAGCCUUGGUGCGGGGUUGACAUCGGAGGGAGUGGAAACAUUUACCUGGGUGUCUGAGCCGAUGUCAACGGCCACUGCGAGUUUAACUUCGAUUAAGACGGCGGCACCUGACCCGCCGGAUCCACAGCUCCCACAACUUGGAGGCAUGGUAGAAUAUAACAGCAUCGUCAGCAGCAGUGAAAGGCGUCUGUACAGUAAGGUGUUUGCGAAGCCUUUAGCCAUGGGUCCGAUUCCUUUUAUGACCUUCUCGCGAUCUAGCAUCAACAACGUCUGCUUCGCACACGACUCACCGAAUAGCUUUUUUACACUUUUUAGAGAUCCAAAACGAAAAAAUUUUGACAUGCAGUGCUUGCGGAUGUUCUGCCGGCGGUAUGUAGUACACACAGUGCAGAACAACAACCCACAGCGCAUCCCGCUGCGGGAUUUUAUCGCUUGCCGCUGCAGCUGCCCGAAUAUCGACGACGGACUGCUCACCAAGGUCGCCAAAGAAGAAAUCGAGCAUCUCGUGAACAUCGAACGCGCGGUGAAGCGGGCGAAGAAAAAGACCAUCACCAUUAAUCGAAACGCGCUGCGCGAGUAUGUCCCGCCCUCUGGGGUUUUUAGCCGAACUGGCAUCCUUUACCUUACCCAUAUUCCUCAACAAACCUUUAUGAUUGGCUUGAUAGUGGCCGCCUUUAGCUUAUUGCUCAUGAUUUUUUACACGUUUACGUUGUGUUUUUGCACACCAUUUAUUAUUGCUCCGUAUAUCAGGAUGAUUAGGCCGUAUAUUUAUGUCGGUGGUUCUAUAUGUCUUGCAGCAGGUGUGUUUAGCCUAACGCAUUCUUUUUUUAUGUCAAUUUUCCAUCAGAACAAUCUAAAGCUUUCAACAAUUCGAUUUCUGUUUGGUGCAUUCAGUAUAGGUGCAUGCUUUAUGAUGGUUGUGGUGGUUGUCCAGUAUUUGCAGCAGGGCAACUUUUCUAAAUUUAUUCGUUAUAAUAUUAUUCAAAACGAGCUUGAUGAAUACUAUAAAUUGAAAAAGUGCAGAGGGUAUAAUUAUCCCUGUAUACAUGAUUUCUGGAAUUCCAUUGAUUUCGAAUGGUAUUGCCAUGGAGGAUUCAGUAACGAAACUCCGUGUAGAAAGUACCUCGAACAUGAAUACUACUUAAUUUUAAAUCCAAUGUUAUGCACUGUUAUGCUUUUGUUAGUAUUUUUGUGUUUUGAGCAAUUCAUGCAUUUCAAGCUCAUAUACAUUUCUCGAAUGAUACUUUCCCACUACGCUUUAACUUAG